UUACUGCUCAGCAGACUGCCACUGAUCAACUUCGAACAUCUACCUUUGUCAACACAAGAAUUGAAAACAAUACAUCAAGAGGACUUACUGUUCAACUUCUGGUGUUCCACGGGAAAGAUGGAGAAACCUUGAAAGACGCAGCCUUACAAUGGUAUUUGAAUCAAGUACAGAUGCACAGAGACAAAACUCUAUUUGAAGACUGGAUUUCAUUUGCAGAUGUAAUUAAAGCUGCCUUUCAACCUCCUCACUAUCAGCAGCUUUUGAGACGUCAACUAUGGGAUCUCAAGCAAACCUCUACUGUACAAGAAUACACAUCCAGGUUUAGGAAUUUGUUGGGGCAAAUUGAAGUAAUGCAUGAAGCUAAUAAAGUCAUGUAUUUUACCAAAGAUUUAAAGGGAGCCAUGAAAGCUAAAGUAAAUUAUCGGGCCUCAGAUACCUUAGAUUAUGCAGUUAAACUUGCUGCAAGCUUUGACACAGCGAUGUAUAGUCCUUCAAAAUCUGAUUGA